UGCUGUUCGUUCUGCUGCUUGUUUUUAAUAUUAAAUGAUUUAACAUUACCACAACACGAAAUCAUCCGUUUCCAUUUCACACGUAAAUAGUUUCCACUCAACAAUAACAACUAAUCAAUUCCACUACCAACCAUAAACGCUCUUCCACCUGCUUAUCUGCCAACUCCCAUGAUUUUGUAUGUAGUAUAAAUGUUCGUCAAAAGUCCUCAAUAAGAAGAACAUUUCCAUAAGAACCUUUUUUAAUGAUUGGUGUUUUUCCACAGCCAUAGCACAGGAUUUUUAUGGCUUUGAAGUCUGUUUCUGUUUCCGGAUUUGAUGUUUCUCGGUUAAGCUGGAGAAGAGGCUGCUUAUCUAAACCGUCGAAUCGGCUCAGGUCUUUUAGCACAUCGCAGAGCUUUGUAUGGCUUGGCACGAUAAGGUCUGAAUUGGGCCAAAUUAUUGAUCAAACAGCGGCUAAUGUUUCGGGAAAUUUGCAGAAGGAUUUCAGUUCCUUUCCAAGACCAUUAUCAGUAGCCGAUUUUUCUGCUAAUCCAGAUGAUCGUAUGAAGGUGCGGAUAUCAUUUAAGGGGCUACCAGGUUCAUACAGUGAGGAUGCUGCACUUAAGGCCUACCCUAAAUGUGAAACUGUGCCCUGUGACGAAUUCGAGGACGCAUUUAAGGCUGUUGAAUUGUGGAUAGCAGAUAAAGCAGUUCUUCCAAUUGAAUGUUCUGCAGCUGGAAGCAUUCACCGGAACUAUGAUUUACUCCUUCGACAUAGGCUUCACAUUGUGGGUGAGGUAAAAUUGGCUGUUAACCUCUGUCUUUUGGCUAUACCAGGUGUCAGAACAGAGCAGUUGAGACGUGUUCUUAGCCAUCCACAGGUACUUGAUUUGAGUGACAAUUUCUUGAACAAGUUAAGUGUUGCGAGAGAAAAUGUUGAUGAUGCUGCUGGUGCUGCUCAGUAUGUAGCCAUUAAUGAGCUGAGGGAUGCUGGUGCUGUAGCAAGUGCUCGAGCUUCAGAAAUAUAUGGGCUUAACAUACUAGCGGAAAAAAUCCAGGGUGACUCUGAUAAUGUAACUCGUUAUCUGGUUCUUGCAAGGGAUCCAAUAAUUCCAAGAACUGAUAAGGCACAUAAGACAAGCAUUGUAUUCACUUUGGAAGAAGGCCCAGGGGUAUUGUUUAAGGCCUUGGCAGUGUUUGCAUUAAGGGACAUAAAUUUGACAAAGAUAGAAAGCCGGCCACAGAGAAAGAAGCCAUUAAGAGUUGUUGAUGAUUCAAAUACUGGAAGUGCUAAGUAUUUUGACUACCUUUUCUAUAUUGAUUUUGAGGCUUCUAUGGCAGAAUCACGUGCGCAAAAUGCGUUGGGGCAUCUGCAGGAGUUUGCAACAUUUCUUCGGGUGCUUGGUUGCUAUCCCACAGAUACAACAGCUUUGUAGCUCUCUCUUCACUAAUCACUAUACCAUAUCUAAAUAUUCAUGUCAGCAUUGGAAGAGAGAGUCAAAGCCUUUUAUAUCAAAGGUAAGCAAAAACUGUUUGAUUUUUUAUGGUGUCAGUUGUUGAUGUUCCUAUUAUAAUUAUUUGUAACUGGGCCAUUUGAAUUCUACUGAGAUAGGAACAAUAACAAGAUCAAUUGUUUUUGUGCCAAAAAACAAAAGGUAUUGUUUGUAAUGAAACCUAUAAAAUUCUGUAAGUUUUGGUUUGAUACAACUUAACUAACGAUAGAAUUUGAUUCAGUUA